UCAAAAAAAGCAAAAAAAAAAGCAAUCGGCGGCGUGCCCCAUCAACAAAAGAAAAAAAAUUCAUUCUACUUUAUUUCAUUAAUUUAUAUAAAAAAAACUAAUUAAAAUUAAAAAACCCUAUUUUAAUUAAACCACCCAAAACACAAAUUAAAUCAACAACAAAAAAUGCAUACAGUUCUAACCCGUGGAAAUGCCACAGUGGCGUAUUCAUUAAGCGUUCUAGCCUGCUUAACAUUCUGCUGCUUCAUCUCGACUGUGUUCCUUGAUUAUCGCACUGAAUCCAAAAUUAAUACAGUUAAAAUAUUGGUUAAAAAUGUCCCAGAUUAUGGUGCAUCACGAGAGAAACACGAUCUGGGAUUCCUUACAUUCGAUCUCCAGACAAAUCUCACAGAUUUAUUCAACUGGAAUGUGAAGCAGUUGUUCCUCUAUUUGACUGCCGAGUAUAAGACAAAAGAAAACGAACUCAAUCAAGUUGUUUUGUGGGAUAAAAUCAUUCUUCGUGGCGAAAAUACUGUUUUGGACUUUAAGAAUAUGAAUACUAAAUAUUAUUUCUGGGAUGAUGGAACUGGUCUUAAGAACAACAAUGUAACACUUUAUUUGUCAUGGAACAUCAUUCCAAAUGCCGGUCUUUUACCGAGUGUCUUUGCCCAUGGUUCACAUUGGUUUAAAUUCCCCGAACACUACUCAGUGUCUGCUGUCUAAAGAGUUGUAACAUCGAUAAUCCUACUUUCUAUGUUUUAAGUUUUAUUUUUUUUUUUGGUUUAGAAAAUGAAUUCACUUAAUUUUUUCAUUUGUUUGGUUUUUUUUUGAAGAACUCCCAACAAAAAAAUUAUAAUAAAAAAAAAAUUUAA